AUGCACGAUACAAAGAAUCCAUCACAAAACUUUAAAGUGGAGAUAAGGCUCAAUCAGAAAUUCCCAAAGUCUACAGUUCAAACGAGGCUUCCCGAGUUUGAAGAGUUUAUCAAAUCACAUGCAACGAAUGCGAGAAACUGGAAACCCAUCGUGGUGAAGUCAGAAGAAUCACCAGCUUCAGUUACCGAACUAUUCGAGAAGCUUGUCAUUGGAACUUGCCAUCUGAAAGACGGAGAUAAACUCAGCAAUCUUCUCGACGAGUUUUCCAUCAACCCAUCAAACAUCCACGUCUACAAACUACACAAAGACGGUCCACUCUCUCAAAAUAUCGGAGAAGAUGACAAUGAGGAUAGUAUCGUCGGUUCCCAACUGUGGCAACUUCCAUGUGUAGAAUUCGAUUCGAUUUGGGAAAACUUGAUCUACGACUCAAAUCUGAAGAAUGAAAUGAUGUCGUAUGUAAGUGCACUCGUUAGCCUAUCUGAGAAACAUGUCAAUACAACAAUCAUCAAUGUCAAUCGGCUGAUUCUUCUUACCGGACCGCCUGGAACUGGAAAGACUUCCCUCUGUAAAGGUCUCGCUCAACAUUUGUCGAUUAGCAUGAAUGACCGUUAUCCAAAGUCAGUAAUGAUGGAAAUUAACAGUCAUAGUCUCUUUUCGAAAUGGUUUUCCGAAAGUGGAAAGUUGAUUCAGAAGAUGUUCGAUCAAAUCGACGAAUUGGCGGAGGAUGAUAAAUGUAUGGUGUUCGUGUUGAUCGAUGAAGUUGAAUCCCUCGGAAUGUGCCGUGAAUCAUCCUCAUCCCGCUCGGAACCUUCCGAUGCGAUUCGUGCUGUCAACGCAUUGCUAACACAAAUCGAUAGAAUUCGGAGGAAUUCGAAUGUACUGAUUAUGUGUACAUCGAACCUUGAAAAUUCACUAGACCGGGCGCUUGUCGAUCGUGCGGAUAUUGUCAGAAAUGUCGGAGAGCCAUCCGAUUUCGCCAGAUAUGCGAUUCUGAAAGCAUGUAUUCAGGAAUUGGCAAAAAUUGGAAAAGUCAUUGUCGACGACGAAGUUCCAAUGCCACAAGAUAUCGUUAAUACCGAGGAUUGCCGGAAUUCCUCUACCGAAACCCUCUUCCACAUUGCUCAAGAAGCACGAGGCCUGUCAGCUCGAGCUAUCUCGAUGCUUCCAACUCUUGUUUAUGCCAACAGUUUGGGACAGGACCUCUCCGUGAUUCAUUGCAUGGAUCUGUUCCGUGACGCCGUUCAUGAGCGCUUGAGUCGCCAUACUAACUGA